AUCACAACGAAAUCAUCAAGAAAGCAACAUCACAGAUUGCAGUGGUCAAUCAAAUCAUCUUCAGACCCAAGAAUACGACAUCAAUCCUUUCCUUACGACACUCGCAGGAGGAAUCCACGAUACUCACUCAGACAAAGUUUCUGUCGCGUUUUUCACCUUUUUUUCAUUUCAGUAAUGACCGCUUAAUUUCACUUUCAAGCGCCUUUUUAACGAUGGCAAUCAAAUCUUCUCAUCUCGGCGAAGUGCUUUGAAGAAAAAACUUGAAGCUUUUGCAUUAUCAACAUGACAGAAAUCGCUCAAAAAGCAGGUCUUGACGCCGGAGGUCCAAGCUCGUCCUCUUCUCCUUACCCCUCCCAAACCCCCUCUACAUCAAAAGGGGAAAGGACUACUCCUAUCGAAACACCUACUUCUUCGCAGGAUCAGCCUUUACAGAAGCCUAGAGUACGAAAGCGCUCCUUUUUUGGAAAGGCAUCGAAACCUUCUACUCCAUCAGAGCCAGUGCCUUCGUUUCCGCAAAAUGUCAAUAAUUCUGAGAGCACAAGACGAAACGAAGAUGUACCCCUCGUAUCUCCUAUGGGAAGACAGGAUGAUUAUCUUUCUGUACCAACUCAAACUCCUUCGGAACGCUCUCCUGUUCGCAGCUUUAUCUUGCGUAGACAAGGCCAUGGAAGAUCUCCCUCAACAUCCGCUUUACCCUCACCCCCUCCGACAGGGUUUACUUCUUACGACGAUCAAACAUCAUCCCCAUCGCCUAAAGAAUCCUUGAAAUCUCACGAUCUACCAAAGCAGGAGUUCAGGGAAGGUGUUUCGCAAAGUCUAGGGCGUAAAGCGGGAACGAUGUCUGUCGCCAAUCAAAAUUCUAAUUGGUACAAUCGUGGUCCUAUGGCGAAAGCACAUGUUUUGAGCAAUGCAAUCACACGAGGCAGAGAUCGGUCUGCUUCGGUAAAUGCAUCACCUCGACCUGCAAAAAAGCAUGACAAGCUGAUGAUUAAUGCAGAGAAGGACAGUAAUCUUUAUCGUGUCCCUGAAUCGCCUGGAUUCAGCACUCCCAGUAGUCCGCUCAACCUGAGAAGAUCUUUCAGUAGGAGGAGCAUUUAUUCUUUACGCGGUGAUCAAUCCUCAUCUGAGAUAAGUGAAGCAAGUCAGGGACAGCGUGAUGCGCCAUUAGGGGCUGCAAGUAGUACUCCAAAUGCUAAGCCGAGAAGAAAGUUAUUUGGACGCCCAAGUAGCCGAGCGAUUGAUGUAAGCUCUUCAUCCAAUUCUAAUUCGAUACCCACCGGAAGUCACCAUGAUGACAGAUCUUCAUCUGAUCACUCUUCUGGUCACCCGUUCAAGAAACUACAUCAUGUAAGCAGCAAUUCUAUGCUCCAACCCAAGAACGGAUCAGCAGGUCUGGAUCCAAUGGCAUCGACUGAUAGUUUAGCUAGCAAUAGUACCAGUAGUGUUUCACGCGGUAUCACACGGAGAGCUGGUGAGAUGAUCCAAAAGUCUGCAUCGCUUGCCAAUUGGGGUAGGAAAAGCCGGUCUACCCUCAAUGUUGCUGAGGAGAUUGAAGAGCAGCCAACUUCGACUCCAGCUGUUAGCGAAAGCGAAGCAAGAUCUCCAAGUAUUUCUGAGUUUGGCGCUACGAAUACGAAUUCAUUAUCUUCACCAUCAGCUGCUCUUCAUAGUAGCGCAACCGAAGCAGGAAUUCCCAAGCGAUUAAGCGGCUGGAUCUACAAUAUGCUUGGCAAUGACGCAGAACAGACCAAUGCGACCAAUGAAGUCGGAAUUCAAGUUUCAGAUAGUACGGCAACGCUAAGACAGGUACCUGAAGCUCAUCAAAGGAACCACGAAUCGACUUUACGCGGUUCACAAGAUGGAAGUGCAAAGAAUUCGGGUGAACUUUCGAAAUCUGUCAACAAGGACAAUGAUCCGCCUACGAUUACAUCUAGGUCACGUACUGCAGGUCUUUUGUCAGCUUUGGCUGUUUCUGGACGAAAUCGAACAGAAGGAAACACUCCUAAUGCCGCCUCUAAUCCUUCAAGCAGCAAUGCAAUCGGAAGUGGGGUGGGCGUUGCAAGGAGUGGAUUGGAUCGAGCAUUGCGCUACUUUAUCGAUAACUCCGAACAAGAUUCUGAUGCCGAAGUUGGUGCUUGGCUUUUGGGUGUUUGGCAUGGUCCUUCAGGAGACAAUUCACCGGUCAUCUCUGCAGAUAUGACGUCCAAACUACGGCCUGCCAUUGAGGUUUCAGAUGCUACCCCUGAGCGUGAGCAAACUGGCAGAGCAUCAACGAACGCAGAAGCCACGACGAGCAGUAGUAAAAUUGAUAGCGAACAAGGUCAUGAGGAUGACAGUUCGAUAGCCAGCAGUGCCCACCGUACGCGUGAAACGUCUCCAUCAAUAGCUUCUGCAAGCUCAAGAGGAAGUGUCAGCAAGAGAAAGAGCUCCAACAAAGUGGAAAGUGACGAAGUGAUCGUAGGAGAUGAAGCUCAAAUUGUGGCCCGCAAUCCACCCACACCUCAAACGUCGCCCAUCAUUCCACAAAGUCAGAUUACAUCGUCACCCUCUUCUUCACGGAGGAAUCGUCGUCCAAUGCAGGCGGCAGAAAGUGCUUCGAGCUUAACCACUGCCCUUCGGUCUAAUGCAGACAAUCAAGUCAGCUUCCAAUCCGAUUUCAGUUCACGGAUAUGGUGCACAUAUCGAUCUCAUUUCACACCAAUUGCUCGUGAUGGGACAAUUUCCAGUCAAGCUGAGAAUGCAGCAGCACUAGCAGCCGCACAACACACCUCUUCAACAGGACAAAUGCAAGAAGGAGCAAGAGCAACACCGCAAAAAUACUUAGGUGAAGGCCCACACUCCUCUUCAACUUCGAUAUCCACACCAUCCAGAAAUGCACAACAUUCAUCUACGCCUCAACAUUCUCUUGGCAAUGCUUUCGGUAUCAGUCCACCGCCAUCCUCUUCACCAUCCAACCCUAGCCAAGGUGGAGGAAGUGGGAUCGGAUUAGGGGAACGGAUGGGAAUACCAAAUCUAUGGAAUCGAGCAACUGCAGCUGCGCAGGCGUAUGGAUUGGCUGGAAGAUCUGGACUCACAACUGAUGCAGGAUGGGGUUGUAUGUUGCGAACGGGACAGAGCGUCUUGGCGAAUGCUCUACUUAAUGUUCAUCUUGGCCGAUCUUGGAGACGGAACGGGAAGCCAAUACCAGCUUCGCAAAUUGAUGAUGGCCGAAACACCAACGAAAGCAAAGAGUGGCAAAUGCAAAGACAACAAUAUGCCAAGUAUGUACAGUUACUUUCCUGGUUCAUGGAUGAGCCCAGUUCUGCAUGUCCCUUCGGUGUUCAUCGAAUGGCAAGGGAAGGGAAGAGACUUGGCAAAGAAGUUGGUGAAUGGUUUGGACCCAGUACAGCCGCUGGUGCCAUCAAGAAGCUUGUUGAUGAAUUUCCCGCAUGUGGUUUAGGUGUGAGUGUGGCAAGUGAUGGAGUCAUCUACCUAGAUCAAGUAAAGGUACAAGCUUGCAAGUCGAAUGUCAACGGACAGAAACGUGCCAGUGCACUCCAAAAAUGGGAACGCCCAAUUUUGGUUUUGAUUGGUGUUCGAUUGGGAUUAGAGGGUGUUCAUCCUAUGUACCAUGAUUCCAUCAAAGCAGCCUUUUCGUUCCCGCAAUCGGUCGGUAUCGCAGGAGGUAGACCAAGUUCGUCUUAUUACUUUGUUGGUUAUCAAGGUAAUAGCCUAUUCUAUCUAGAUCCGCAUCACGUUCGCUCCAGCGUUGCGUUCAAGCAUCCACCACCUUCGAUGGAAAACGAUGAUGAAUGGUGGGCUCACGCUUAUUCCGAGCAAGAAUUGGCCACCUUCCAUAACGAUCGUCCAAGACGAAUGCCGAUGAAGAGUUUGGAUCCAUCAAUGCUUUUGGGAUUCUUGAUUCAAGAUGAAGAGGAUUUGCAUGACUUUGUCGUUCGCGUCAAAGCAUUGCCACGUCCCAUCUUUAGCGUUCUGGACAGUAUGCCAAAGUGGAUGAUGGACGAUUUGGAUGACGAUCUUGAUGCCGAAGAGAAAGCUAUCGAGAGUAUCUCCGAAAGUUCUGCAGAUGACUUUGAGCUUGAAUCGGAGAAAUCCAACGCGACACCAGAAAAGAGCAACGUUGAAAGAAGUGCGCAAUCGAUCGUUACUGUUGGAAAUUCGAGCUCACCUGAAAGAAGCUCAGAGGAGAGGCGGAAAGAGAAUUUGAAAGCCCCGGAAGACCCGAAAGGUAAAGCAAGGAGUGGUCGAUCUAGACAGCAGCGAAAGGUGACACCAAGUACUUCCAACACGGAGGAGCCCUUGUCACUGAGCACCAAUAGUACUCAAACGCCAAGAUCGGAAGCAACAUUUGAAUUCAUCAGUCCACACAACGAAGCACCAAAUGGAUCGGAACCGCCUCCAGUCCCAUCCAAGGGGUCUACUCCCGUACCGAUUGCAUUUCCCACAUUCGCCAGCAGAGAUGAAGACGAUGAUGCAAGUCCAAACGAGACCUUUGAUGUUGGCUCAUACGACGAUUCCAAGGCAGUUCAUUCAGUCUCAUCUGAAGAGCCUGAGCAUAUUUCAUCUGAACACACAGCCAAAACCAUUUCAGGUAACGAGGUGCAGGUGAUCGAAGAUGCAGACGAUGAGGACAGCAGAGAAGAUCUUGCGGAUGUGGGCGAGAAUGAUAUCGACGCAGCUUGGGAGGAUUUGCAAGAUGAUAUAAGAUGUUCACCAAGGGUGGACAUUGGUCGUUGGAGUCAUGCAGAUGCAAUCAUACGACGAGCAGAGGCAGAAGAACACACACAAUCACACAAUCUUGAUUCUGGUGAUGAAGAAAACCUACACUCAUAACAACAACGAGAGAGAGAGAGACGGACAUAUACCCCUUUUUUUCAGCACAAUUUCCUCACACAUAUUUCUCAAUCGGCUAUGCUUUUCAAAGUUUAUAUUUACAGGUUUCAAAUCUUAUGUAUGCUUUUAUUCCAUGUAUCUUAUGCCCUUCUUAAACCUUUACCUUGAACUUAUUUGGCUCUCUAAAAGCCAGCUUCCGUUCCCUCACAUCUUAUUUAAACUACAUACCCUGCCUUUUGGCUUUAAAUUGAUUGCUUUCUCCCGUGUCCUAGUGAAUUAUAAUAG